AUGUCCUUCGCCGUCCAAGGCCGAUCUGCUAUCGUGACGGGGGCAGGUUCAGGAAUUAACCUGUCCUUCGCCAAACUACUCCUCGAACAUGGAUGUAACGUCCUGUUCGCCGAUCUAGCUCUCCGUCCAGAGGCACAGGCGAUAGUGGAUCAAUACUCAUCGAAGGCGAAGACGCCACGGGCCGUCUUCCAGCGGACCGACGUGACCGAUUGGCAACAGCUCGAGCGCAUGUUCGAGGUAGCAGAGCGGGAAUUUGGAGAACUCGAUGUUGUGUGUCCCGGAGCAGGUAUCUUUGAACCGCAUUGGACCAACUUCUGGCGUCCUCCAGGAACCCCUGAAAGCCGAGACCCGCGAUAUGGAGGUCGCUAUGCCCUUCUCGAUAUCAACCUCACGCAUCCGAUUCGCACCACACAGCUAGCCAUUGCCCAUUUCCUGCGCCAUGGGAAUAAGCAGAGACGCAAACACAUCGUUCAUAUCUCUAGCAUUGCCGGUCAAAACCCCAAUUUCGUCGCCCCGAUCUAUGUCGCUACGAAACACGGCAUCAAUGGCUUGGUACGGUCAUUGGCUGGCCUGGAUCAGGAGUGCGGAAUUCGUAUCACAGCUGUUGCGCCGGGAGUCAUCAAGACACCGUUGUGGACAGACCAUCCUGAAAAGCUCAAGGUAGUGAACGAAGGGGCCGAUGCAUGGGUAACUCCAGACGAGGUAGCAGAGGUCAUGUUGGCGCUUAUCCAACAGGAUAAGGUGAGCGGUAUCAUUGGGGAUCAGAGUGGUCGUGGUCCCCAGUACCCAGUCAGUGGCGGAACUAUCUUGGAGGUCUCCAAGACGGUUCGCUCGGUAGAGCCCUUUAAUGAUGCUGGGCCUGGAGAUCGACCAGGCAAUACGGUAUCUGAUAACAGUGCGCUGAUCAAUGAAACACAUGGUCUGCUAUCGCAGCGUGGAUGGGGAAUGCCCAAGUUGUAG